AUGCUCAAGAAAGAGAUGGAAUCUCUGAAAGGACGAGUCAAGCUUGGAGCACUGGCCUACGCCAAUGCUUUGCUGGUCAUUCCAAAAACUCUUGCUAUGAACUCUGGUUAUGAUGCACAAGAAACGAUUGUGAAGUUAGUAGAAGAGCGAGAGGCUAAUCCAGAGAUUCCUGUAGGAAUCGAUCUCGAUAGUGGUGAAGCUGCUCAGCCUGUGGGAAUAUGGGAUAACGUAAUCGUCAAGAAGAACAGUUUGGCUUCAUCUGCUGUGAUUGCUUGCAAUCUUCUUCUCGUCGAUGAAGUUAUGCGUGCUGGCAUGACUAAUCUGAAGACAAAUCAGCAAGAGUAA